AUGUUUAAAGCAAUUUAUAAAGAUCCUAAUAAUCAUCUUACAUGGCCAAAAGUUUUAAUUGUAAAUAAAGGCACUGAAUAUCUAGGUGAGUAUAGAGAUUUAUUACUUAGUCAUAGUGUAAAAAUUAUACAAGCUAAAUCUAAAUAUAGUACAUCAAUAGCUGAACGUGAUCAUCAAGAAUUUGAGAAACAUGCCUAUAUUCAUCAAGAUGCUGUAGAUUUUCAUUUACCAUUAUUUGAGAGAUCUGUAAAAAAAGCUUUAAAAGGUAAAAAAAUAAUUGCUGAUCCAUCUGUAAAACAUCAUGAAAAUGAAGAUGGUCCUGAAAGAUCAUUCGUAAGAGAACAAUUGAUGAAAGUUGGUAAAGUUGUGUAUCCACCUAAAUGGAUUCUUAAACAAUAUUAA